AAUAAUGGCGGGACAUCAACUUAUCUCUGAUGCAAACGCGAUGAGCAAUAUCAAUAUUUCCAAUUGCCAAAUUGGAACCUUAGUCAUUGGAGAUGGAAACAUUGUGAAUAAAUGCUGUCGGCGACUUAAGUAUCCUAAGCAAGACACAGAUUGUUGGUCAGGAAGAACCACGAGCUACGAUGGUGAAUGGCGAGGUACAAAGAGGAAGCAAAGUAAAAUUAGAUUCCCACAACGUAAACACAGAGCCAAUCCCAAGUUUUCUUCGAAAGCUAUUUCAAGCGAAAGCGAAGAAGACGCAUCUUACGGACCAGAAAUUUUCCCAACUGCCUCUGGGGAAUACGAUCGGGGCUUUGAGAACUCGAUGAAGAAAUUCCAUUCUGUUUUGAACAAUCUGCAUCCUCUACGAGACAGUGGAAAUUUCAAGGAGUUUAUUAAUCUCUUAGACCGUAUCCUUUCAGCUAGCAAAGGCGAUGCAGAGCUCGAACUCUUAAUUCUUAUCGAGAAAAGCGUUGUCGUGAGCUAUCAAAACAACUUGGAGACGGCAGAAACGAUGGUCCUAGAAGCUUUAGACACCUUGAAAUCGAAAGCGAAAGUAUAGAUGCUCGACUUCCUGGUAUCAAUGGCAAAUCUUCACCUAACCGGCUUUUACCGACGACAGAGCAAGCAUGGAAAAGCAGAAUCCACAAUUAAAAUUGCCGAUCAGAACUCGCGAAAAGUAAACUCGCGCUUCUUGGUAGCCUUGAUGUUCUAUGAAAAGGCUAGUAAUUUGACCAAGUACAUUUCUUCUGUACCUCUCGAUCGGUUCGCACGCAGAAAGCUUGUCGAACAGUCGAAGGACUACAUGAAGCAGUGCAUAGCCCUAUGCAUAGAACUCGACGAUGGCAGCAUUUACAUUAAAAAACACCACUUUGGACUUCUAAAACUAGCUUUGCUGGAUCUAAAUUGCCGCACAAGAGCAGCCCGGGAACAGCUAACAAGUAGUAAGUGCAUCGCAGAUGCAAAAACCUGCCUCGAGACAGUUGAAGAAAAGUAUCGGAAAGAAAUGAGCGAGGGACAGAUGAUACAAUUCUUUGUGGCCAAGUCAGACCUAAAUUACAGGCUUGGAGAUCUACAGGCAGCACAAAGUUAUGCAAGCCAAGCAUUGUUCCUUGCUGAAACUCAUGGAUUCAGUUUAGAAAUUACUGCCAUUAAGGAGAGACAAGAAGAUAUGCAAAAACAAAUCGCAUCGAAGGAAACGAUGGAUUUUGAACCAGUAUCCUACGAAGAAACCCGCCAUGUCGAUACACUGUCACCCAGUACAGUAUCGUCUGAGUAGAACUCUCCUUGCUCCUCGGGAUGUGAGAUGGAGUAA